GCAAAACCCCCACCCACUCCGCCACCAUCCUCCUCCUGCUCUCCGCGGCGCGGCGAGAAUGUUCUACUCGCACCAGCUCCUCGCGCGGAAGGCGCCGCUCGGCCAGAUAUGGAUGGCGGCGACGCUCCACGCGAAGAUCAACCGCAAGCGGCUCGACAAGCUCGACAUCAUCAAAAUCUGCGAGGAGAUCCUCAACCCGUCGGUGCCCAUGGCGCUCAGGCUCUCCGGGAUCCUCAUGGGUGGCGUGGUGAUCGUGUACCAGAGGAAGGUGAAGCUCCUCUUCGAUGAUGUGUCCCGGCUCCUGGUUGAGAUCAACCAGGCGUGGAAGAUCAGGCCGGCCGUGGACCGCACGGUGCUCCCCAAGGGGAAGUCGCAGGCCAAAUACGAAGCAGUGACACUGCCAGAGAACGUGAUUGAAAUGGAGGUGGAGCAGCCCAUGCUUUUCACGAAUUCUGACACCGCCAAGUUCCGGGGAAUGCGUCUGGAGGAUUUGGAUGAACAGUAUUUUAAUGUCAACCUAGAUGAUGAUAACUUAUCCCGCGCCGAGCGUCAUCACCAAGCUGAUCCAGUCAACAUUACCCUUGUCGAUAACUUUGAGUCUGGGCUUGCUGAAACUGAUAUCUUCAAUCGUUUUGAGAGGUUUGACAUCGCAGAUGAUGACACGACAGUCCAUAUUUCGCCCGAGGAACACCCACAGGCUCCAAGUACACUAAUUCCCUCUCCACCAAGACAGGAAGAACCUCCUCAACAACAGGAACAGUUUCAUGCUGCCCCUUCCCCCUUCCGUGAAGAACCUCAACAAGGGGAUUUAUUGAACGAGCAAAAGGAGCAGAAGCUGAAGGGAAAACAACCAGCUAGAUCAUCAAAGAGAAAAGCACGCGUGCUGGGCCCUGAAGUGACUGUGGAUACCCAGACAAUGAUCUCAGGAAAUAUAUAUCAGACAUGGUUGAAGGACCCGUCAAGCCUUGUCUCUAAAAGGCGCCGAGUCAGCAGUAAAAUUAAUUUUAUUCAGGAAACCAAGAUAGGCAACCGCAUGAACUUGCCCCCGGUUGGCUUAAUGUCUUGCUCAGAGAACUCACCAGGAUUCUAUUACCCUAAGCAGCUUAUGCAGCUCUGGAAGGAAUGCACUGAAGACAAGUCCUCAAAGCCCUCUUCUUCAGGAGAGAAAACAUCAUCAUCACAAGAGCAGCAGCCAAGAAACUCGCCACCUCAGCCUCAAGAAGAACAUCAGAAUGAAAUGGGAGCUCAACCAAUGGACUUCACAGAUGGCAUUGAAAAGAUCAGAGUAAACAAGACUGGAGAAUUUGAAAACGGUUUUGAUUCUGUGCAUGGUGGCCAUAGUGUUACACCGGGAAGUCCUGGAUUAAGUCACAGGUCCGCGUCAAGCUCUGGUGGCUCUAGAAGGGGGGGAUUUCUUCCAUUGGAUCCAGAAAUACCUUUGCAACCUGGAAGUGGAAGGUCCAAGAGGAGGCAGCUUUCAUCUGGAAGAAGCUUGGGAAACCUUGAUCCAGUUGAAGAGGAAUUCCCGCUGGAGCAAGAAUUGAGGGACUUCAAGCUGAGAAGGCUUUCAAACAUUGGACCAACUCCUGAUCUUCUGGAAGAAACUGAACCAACCCAAACUCCGAAUCAGAAGAAAUCCAGUCCUCCUGACGAGAUCACCGAAUCGAUACACUCGCACUUGAAGCUACACUUUGAUGGCCCAAGUGCCCCGCAGUCCGAAUCCCUAAGCCAUCUGACUGUUGGGAUGAAUACAGCACAGGCUGCCCGGCUGUUCUAUCAAGCAUGUGUUUUGGCAACUCUGGAUCGCGUCAAGGUCACGCAGGUGGAGCCGUACGGCCCCAUCCUGAUCUCGAGAGGGCCAAACAUGUGAUCUCCCCUCCUAAUGUUAACACCUGGAAGAAUCAGAACCUCGUGUUUUAUAUAUCUAUAGUAGUGUUUUAUUUAUAUAUCUAUAGUAGUGUUUUUUGGUUUGCACAUAAAGUCCUGUAGGUGGGGUUACGUCUGCUGGUGGGAAGCAAGUGAUGGUGCUGUGUUAAGUUGGUAGUUUUGUUCAGGUCGCAGGGAAGUUUUGUAAGCUAAGUUAUGCUCAACUGAGAGGUUUGAGAUUUCGUGUAGGUCA